GAGCAAGCCCAAUCAGUGCCAGUCUUCCAUCCCACACCAGGUGAGAGCCGUCUGGCCAGUCAGCUGACCGAGGAGGAUCAGAUUCGCAUCGCUCAGCGCAUCGGGCUCAUCCAUCAUCUUCCCAGGGGUGUGUUCAACCCGAGCUCAGACUCGUCUGACAAGAAAGUAAAAGAGUGUGUGAUCUGCAUGAUGGAUUUUGAGUAUGGCGAUCCCAUUCGGUUCUUGCCUUGCCUUCACAUCUACCACGUGGACUGCAUUGACGCCUGGCUGAUGCGCGCCUUCACCUGCCCCUCCUGCAUGGAGCCUGUAUUUGCAGCCCUGCUGUCUUCUUAUGAAACCAACUGAGCAGUCUUUGGUGGCUGCUCCUGCCUAGAAGUAAAUGCGCCUUGUUGUUUCCUUAGCUGAAACUGCCCUAACAAUUCAAACAUGUAGCCAAGGUGUGGCGGUGUGAAGCAGAUAUUUGUAAUGUGUUUGGGGAUGCUUGAAAACUUCUGCUGUGGUGCAUCUGGCUGAUGUAGAAAUCUUUUGCAGAGGAAAAAAAAUGUGCCAAAUCAAAUCAGAUCAAGAAAAUAUUUCAUGAUUGUUUCCUCGUCAAUUUAAGCUGGAAUAAGUGGAAUUUGAUUCCCCUGUCAUAAUGUGCAAUAUGCUCCACUAAUGGAGCAAGUUUGUCGUUGUUUGGUGACGAUUGUUGUUUGUCGGAGCAGCCAGUGAAAAAGUGUGGUUCUGUAAGAGUCUGUUCAAAUACAACCCUCAAAGUACCAACAACAACAAAAAAAAUCAAUUGAUUUCCUUAGCAAUUAGCUGAAAGGUUGGCCAUGAGAAAUGACUGAUAACAUUUUGAUUGAAUUUGUUUUAUUUGACAAAAUGUUGGUUUUGAAUCUAGAUUCUCUACUUCGCCUUGGGUUUGUUCUCCUUGUUAUGUUUUACAAAAUGUAGCACUUUAGUGUCAUUUUCAGUUUGUCGGUAGCGAUUAUGACCACGCAAUAUGCUGUGUAAUCCCCCUUAUGCACCUUGAGAUACUCCUCGUCUGAGUCUCUGUGGCUUGCAGAUGAAAUCAACUAUUGUGUUUAUAGUCGUGAGUUUCAGGAGAUUGUUGUUAGAGACGCUAACGUUAGGGCAACAGGAAUCAUCUUUAUCCGAUGGACACUAAAGUUGGCCAGUCUGUCAAUAAAUAACGCAUUUCUAAAGUUAAGGUAGCACAAAAUUCUCUGACACUUUGAUUUAUAUCAAACAAACAAAAAAAGAAACUAAACCAGCGGAAAGGAACGCGUUUGAAUGUAAAGCAAAGUUUCAGCCUUUAGAGAUGAGUUGUAUAGACAAAAGACAUUUCUGAUUUACUGUGCUGUGCCUUUUUAAAAGGAAUGGUGUUCCUGUGAAGUACAAUCAUUUUUUUACUUUACUUCUUUUACUUUUCCUCCAGGAAGAGACUGAUACCGGUGCAAAUGUGUCACUAUGAACCAGACCUAAGUAGAUCUGGCAUCUGGUAACUGUCAGGAUGUCUUUGAAUUUAUAUUGUUUGACAAAAAGUGCACAAACUUUAGGAAAGUCAUGA